AUGAAAUUCAGCACUAGUGCUUCACAUAGAAUAAUCAGAGAAGUGAUAGCUAUGUGUCUCCAUACAAGGCAUGAUGCAGCAGUAACUGCUAUGCUUUGUGCUGAACCAGUCACUGGGCCAGCAGAAUCAGGGGGAGCUGGUGGGAAAGAUAAAACCAAGAAACCUGCUUGCUAUGAUAUCAUAGGGCUUGAUUCCUCGAGACAGUUCUUGUUAUACAUAGCCACAGGGGUGGAGGUUAAGAGAGAUACCCGAUUAAAAAAGGGCAUUCUCUGUGCGGCCGGAAAGAUGGAAAUUCGAUCAGAUCUCAUGGAUUCUCAUAUAUAUGCCUUCAAGAGAUCAGUCCUGCAGGAAGUUUUGGAGCAGAAGCCUACUUUUCGAUGCCUAAAACAGGAUGUACUCCCAUAUCUUGUUCGUACGCAGCUGAGAUCAGAUGUCUUCUCUGACGAAAAAGCUGUAGAAGAAAAUGGAAAUGGACAUGGAAAGAAUAAUAUGCAGAACAACGAUGUGGUUUUGUCUCAAAUUCUCUCCAACGCAUUUUUGCCAAGCUUUCAUAAAGUUUAUGAAUCAGGCCUGGAUAUCCGAAAAACUCACAAGUGCUGUGUUUAUAUAGCGGAUGAAAGUAAGUAUUGUGUUCGCCUGAAUAGCAUUCAAGCUUUCAUGGACGUAAAUAGAGAUGUUAUUGGUGACGCAAACCACCUAUCCGGAUACUCCUUUUCUGCUCAUCACAACAUUGUUCACCCAUCAGCUGAGCUUGGAUCGAAAACCACUGUUGGACCUCAUUGUAUGUUGGGAGAAGGAUCUCAAGUCGGUGAUAAAUGCAAUGUCAAAAGAUCUGUGAUUGGGAGACAUUGCCGCAUAGGCUUCAAUGUGAAGGUGGUUAAUUCAGUUGUGAUGGACCAUGCCACAAUAGGAGACGGUUGUUCAAUACAAGGCUCAGUCAUUUGUAGCAAUGCGCAGCUUCAAGAGCGUGUUGCUCUGAGAGACUGCCAGGUGGAAGCAGGGUAUGUAGUAUUUGCCGGGGGUGAGCACAAGGGAGAGACUUUCGCCAGAAAAUGAAAAGCG